CGUCGCCGCCACCGCCUCUUCCUAGCCCCUACACCACCACCACCACCGCCGCCGCCAUGGGCUUCGGAGAUCUCAAAACACCCGCGGGCCUGCAGCACCUCAACGACUUCCUAGCGGACAAGAGCUACAUCGAGGGGUACGUGCCAUCACAGGCUGACAUUGCAGUAUUUGAAGCAGUUUCGGGCCCACCGCCCGCAGACCUGUACCAUGCUCUCCGUUGGUAUAACCACAUUAAGUCUUAUGAGAAGCAAAAGGCAAGCUUGCCAGGAGUAAAGAAGGCUUUGGGCAAGUAUGGGCCUGCUGAACUAGAAGAUAACACAGGAAGUGGUGGAGCUACAGAUAGCAAAGAUGAUGAUGACAUUGAUCUCUUUGGGUCUGAUGAGGAGGAGGAAAGUGAAGAAGCAAAGAGACUAAGAGAAGAACGCCUUGCUCAGUAUGAAUCAAAGAAAUCAAAAAAACCUGCAAUUGUGGCCAAGUCUUCUCUCUUACUGGAUGUAAAACCUUGGGAUGACGAGACAGAUAUGGCGAAAUUGGAGGAAUGUGUCAGAAGCAUUCAAGCAGAUGGCUUGGUCUGGGGAUCUUCUAAACUAGUUCCAGUGGGAUAUGGCAUCAAGAAACUUCAGAUACAGUGUGUAGUUGAAGAUGAUAAAGUUGGAACCGAUAUGCUAGAGGAACAGAUAACUGCCUUUGGAGACUAUGUGCAAUCCAUGGAUGUUGCUGCCUUCAAUAAAAUCUAAAACCUACCAUCUUUGAAAUUUUCAUUUAAAUAAAAAUAUUUGCAAGCAAAAA